UGGCUCCCAGAGGUAUUUUUAUCUUUCUCUGUAAAAUUUGAAAAAUUAUUCCAAAUUAUACUUUUGGUGCCUACAAACAGACGAUCCUGAGCACCUAACUUUUCAUGUCAUCAUGUGUAUACAUACCGUAGAUAUGUGUGCAUACUCAUACAUAUGUGUAUUGUAUGAGAAACGCCAGAUAACUUACUGUUAUUGCUGUUAUGGCGGAGUGUGUCGAAACGUCGCGCGUUGGUGCAUAAUUGACAAUAUAUACAUACAAUACAAAUAUUAAAAAUAAAUCAGAAUAAUUCGUAUUCGUGCAAUUACGACUUUUCGAGAAUAAUUUACGACAUUUUGCGAACAUUCACCAAAGAAGCAGCAGCGUAGCUACACGUGUUGCUCCGAAACGGAUAUAAGCAUACUCCGUUAACGAUGUCAGUGAGUUUGCAGUUUAAAUGUUUGAUACAUAACGAAACAGCGAAAAAAGCGAUAGAGAGCUACAGUGAAAUCUUGCAAAAAGCAUUUCAACACUAUCAAAAUUUAUGGGAAGAUUAUAUAAAAUUGCAAGAAAAAUGUAAUGCGCAUUCUUUGUCCCAAGUGACGAUCGAUACAUCUUGUACAAAAAUAAAAGACGAAGCAAUAUUCCAACAUUUUACUAAUCCCAAUGUGCAAGGAAGCAAUAGUUUUCGAUUAGUGGAAUCAGACACGUUAAAUACAAAUUAUAUUAAUUUUAAUUGCAAUACGAGAACUAAUCCGUCAGAUGCAAGUGAAUCUUCGUACAAAGAUGCCGAUGAAAAUAAUCCAGUUAGUCCACCAAGAAGUCCAGUAUUCUCUAGAACAUUUCUAAAAACUGGCAGCAAUGCUGCAAAAAAAUUGAUGCGUUCAUCUAAAGCAGUAGGCAACUCAACGCCAACCUCAGACAUGAAGCCACAUCAUAGCAGUGAAAAAGUUCCUCCAAAGGAUAACCACAAAUUAGAAAUUAGUACAACACACCAUGUAGAAACUACAUUUUUGCCAAGUGGAAAGAGAAUGAAACAAUCUCGACUUAUAUUUCAUCCAAUUAGGAAUAAUGAAAAGAUAGUAGUGUCUUCAGAUGUAGAUAAAUAUAAGUCAACUAGUAUGAUACAUAAUGUGCAACAGAAUUUUAUUCAAGACAUUUCUACGGCAGAUGUAGUUGUUAUUGAAAAUAACUCUGUAAAUAAUACUAGUGAAAUUUCUGAUGAUGUGAUAGAAAUUAGUCCUACACAGAAAAAUAUUGCAUCAAAAGCUAAACGGUGUUUAAAAUUCAAGAAGAAGAUUCCUACAAAGCACAUGAUAAAAAUUUCUCCAAGUAAAGAUAAAUAUCCUAGCCAGAAUCUUGGUCCUAGUGCUGUUUCAAAGAUAACAGAUAUUAAGUUAUGUCCUUUUACUAAACAUAAUUCUAUGCAAAUGAAAGAUGAUAAAUCUUUCAUUGAUACUGCAGUUGGUACAUUACAACAUAAAGUCGAGACAAGUUAUUUUUCACCAAUAAAAAUGCAUAACGAGAGCAAUAUUCAAGUUAAAAAAUCUAUUGAAGUUCAAAAGAAAGAUCAAUUAUUAAUAAAUGAGUUACAAAAUCUUAGAAAUGAUUUUGCUUCUGAAGACGAAACCUUUUAUUUGCCUGCAGAACAAGCUGCAAGUAGAAAUAAUAUGGAUAAUCUAAACUUGAAUGAUACAGAAAACAAGCCACCUAAAAAAAAAAUGUUAUUGGAUAAAUUGAAUGUAUUGCCAAAAAGAAGGGUAGAGGUUGAGAAACUUAAUAUGCGAUGUAAAACUGAUAGAGAAAAAUUAAAUGGUUGGGAUUGCUGGGAAUGCAGAGAAUAUUAUAAGAAUUUGUCACUGUCAAAAGAAGAAUUACAAAAACGAAGGAAUCAAUGCUCGCGGCAUCGUCACCAAUAUGAGAGGCCAAAGACACCAGAAGGUUUUUGGGACCCAGAAUUUCCUGAAACAUUAUCGUCCACUUAUCGACAAGAUACAAGAUGAAAUGUGUUAUCAUUCGAAUCUGCUUUUCAAGACUUUAAUGUGACUCACAUAUGUAUAGGACAGAGAUAUUGGGUGCUUUCCAACAAACAACACAGGCGACACUGUGUCCAUUAGUGUGAGUGAGACAACUAAAAUCUCUCUCACACUAAUGGACACAGUCGCACUGUGUCACUAUGUGUUGCUUGUUGGAAAGCCAUCCAUUAUUACAAUAUAUAUGUAUACAAAUAAAAUUAUUAUAGCAAUGUGUUUGUUGCAAUUAUCUUGACAUUUCUACAUAAUUUAAUUAAAUAAGAGAAAAAUUAGAGAUUGCAACAAGUUCAGAAUAAAUUUAAAUAAUAACGAAAGAAGGGAGGGAGAUUACAGGAUGAAAGCAGUUCUUUAUACUUAAUAAUUUUCCAGAAUAAUCUUAUGUAAUGAUUAUAUAUUUUAAAUAUAUUAUUGAUUUAAGAUAUAAAA